AUGGGCUCCUGUGUGGGCAAGGAGCGUGGUGUCGCCUCAUCAGCUUGUGCUCUUCCGGAAAAGGGUCCAAUUCCUUCACUUGCUCGUCCUUUAUCCACAGUUCCCACUCCAUCAAGAGCUCUCUACACAUCAGCUCCUGGCAGCCCUCCGCCAUCACCCCGACCCGCACACAUUGCACUUUUUGACUACGAAGCGAGAACUGAUGACGAUUUGAGUUUUCGGAAAGGAGAGCUGCUAGACGUGGUGGACACAACGCAAGGCGAAUGGUGGUUUGCUCGUUCGCGCUCAUCUGGUCGAACUGGGUACAUCCCGUCGAAUUACGUGGCCCAAGAGAAGAGCCUCGACGCACAGCCGUUUGUUUUUCAACUAUUAAAUGAGAAGCUUAAA